CAAAUAAGCGGUGACAAAAAAUUUUAGUCAUGUGGAAUUUUUUUUCGCCGUUUUUUGUCAUUGGAAACAAAAAAUCAUUAUUAGAUUUACAACUAGGAGUUUAUCUGCUUGACUCAUAUUAAAAUUACUCAAAAAUUAUGCAUUGUCUAAGCUUUCAAAUUGUGAUGAAGAUUGAAUUUUAAUAGUCAUAGUAUAAAGAAGUUAUAGUUAUUUUGCUUCUUAAUUACUAGUUUUCAACACACGAUUUGCAGCUAUUUAACAGAAAUACAGAACCAAAAGGAUUAAACAAUGUUUAAAGUUUGUAUUAUUGGAAGCGGUGGUGUUGGGAAAAGUUGUUUAACCAUUCGAUAUUUAAAAAAUGAUUUUGUUGAGCAUUAUGAUCCAACAAUGGAGGAGUCAUAUGAAGCACAGAUGACUUUCCAAGGGCGUCCAUUGCAUUUUGAAAUCUUAGACACUGCUGGACAAGAAGAAUUUGCAGCAAUGCUGGAUUCUUCACUUAGUCUUGGUGAUGCUUUUAUUAUAUUGUAUGCAGUCAACUCAUCUUCCAGUUGGGAAGAGCUCAAAUCUCUUAAAGACAAAGUGCUAAAAGGAAAACUUAAUAGUGGCACAGACGUCCCAAUGGUGAUUGUUGGCAAUAAAAAAGAUUUAGAAUUAGAUCGUGAAGUUACAGUUGAGACUGCUGAAGAGUAUGCUUCUUCUAUAAGAGUACCUUAUGUUGAAACAUCUGCAAAGACUGGGCACAAUGUAACCGCAGCUUUUGAAAUGAUUGUUCAAGAAAUAUACAGAUUCCGUCCAGAACUGUUGGAAAGAAAACUUAAAAAAAAUCAAGACCAUCAUAAAAAAGGAUGUCGUAUAGUUUAAUGUUUAUCUUUGUAGAGAAUAAUUUAUUAUGUAAAACUGGUUUAAAACAGGCGCCCAUCAAAUGCGUGCCUCUCCUAAAUAAUGAGUUAGAGUUAUUUUUGAAAAAUUUCAACAAUUCUGAAGUUAUAAAAAGGUUUUAUGCACUAUUAACUGUUUAGUUUAUUGACUCGAGUUUCGAGUUGACUCGAGUUUCGAGUUCAAAUCAAUUAAAGUUUGUAUAUAUUUUGAUUAUUAUCGUCAAACGAUGCGUUUUUUGUUGUGUUUUUAUUUUACUUUUUUUUUCCAGGCUCUUUGAAUUACACGAUUUGUUUGAUUUUUUUUACUCUUUUUUUUUAAAUAUUGAAUUUUACAAUUUUCGUUUCUAAAAUUCAAUUUUUCUAUGAGUUUGAUUUUUUUAAUGUUUCUAUAUUUGUGAUGUUUGUAUCAGUUUUGUAUUUGUGCAUGUUUUUAUAGUGACAUCGAUUCAAGUAAUCGGUUGUUCUGU